AUCACUCAACUGCCUCACAUUAUCAAAGCUCAUAUUUUCAAACCUCCAGGGAAAAUGGCUCUUGCUGGGGCUUUCUUCGUGGCUAUACUUUCAAUGGUCUCAGCUGUUCAUGGAUAUGGUGGUGGUUGGAUCAAUGCUCAUGCUACCUUCUACGGUGGAAGUGAUGCUUCAGGAACAAUGGGUGGAGCUUGUGGUUAUGGUAACCUGUAUAGCCAGGGUUAUGGGACAAACACUGCUGCUCUGAGCACUGCUCUGUUCAACAAUGGGCUAAGCUGUGGUUCUUGCUACGAGAUCAAGUGUGUCAACGACGGCAAAUGGUGCUUGCCGGGCUCGAUUCUGGUCACGGCCACCAAUUUCUGCCCACCAAACAAUGCUCUCCCCAACAAUGCCGGCGGCUGGUGCAACCCUCCUUUGGAACACUUCGACCUUUCUCAGCCUGUUUUCCAACACAUUGCUCAGUACAGAGCUGGGAUUGUCCCUGUUUCUUACAGAAGGGUACCAUGCAGAAGAAAGGGAGGCAUAAGGUUCACAAUGAACGGUCACUCCUACUUUAACCUAGUUCUCAUCAGCAACGUCGGCGGAGCCGGCGACGUACAUGCAGUAGCCAUCAAGGGUUCCAGGACCGGUUGGCAGCCAAUGUCGAGGAACUGGGGUCAGAACUGGCAGAGCAACAGCUAUCUCAACGGACAAAGCCUCUCGUUUAAGGUCACAACGAGUGAUGGCCGUACUGUCGUCUCCAACAAUGUUGCCCCGGCCGGCUGGUCCUUCGGCCAGACCUUCUCUGGCGGCCAAUUCCGCUAAAUAAGAAAAAAGAAACCGUCUUUCUUCUUCAAUUGGAUACUAUAUUUACACACCUUUGAAAGUAGUAUUAGCUAGAGUUUUUAGUAAUCUGGCUAGUAGAUUAUAAUACCAUGUUAAUGUGGCCGAAUACUCCGGUCAUUUGAGUCAUUUUUCUUUUGCUGCUUAUAAAGCAGGGGGACUGGGCAGAGGUGGACUUUUACCACCCGCCGCUAAGCAUUGUUUUGGCUUGUAUUGGUUCCGUGUAAGGUCGCGACUUGUGAGCAAUUUCCACUAGUAAUGGGAAAGUAAACUCCUAUUUAUACCCCUA